CCCAGACAUCUAACGAUAAAGAGACGUGUAUCGUAUGCAUCUCUAUCCAGUGUUGAAUUGUUCAAGAAAGGAAAUAAACAUUACGUCUUAAUAUGGACGCGUGCUGAAGAAUGAUUUUUGAAGAAAUAGAGAGACUCCUCAAUAUUUUGCUCUAUGUGAGAGGAAUUUAUGCAACUAAGACUCGCAAACUGUGAUGUUAUGAUAGACAUGAACAUUUUCUGGAAGUAGUCCGCAACAGGUUGUGCUAUUUGGUUUUACAACCCAAGAUGGAAAACAGAAAAGGUGAAAUGUCCAGCAAAAAAGAUCUUAAAAUUGUGCUGAUAGGAAGAACUGGAUAUGGCAAAAGUGCAACAGGCAACAGUAUUUUAGGGAGAGAAAAGUUUGACGUAUCAAGUAGUCUAUACUCGUGUACUAAAUUAGUUGAAAAUGGAGAAAAAAAAGGAAAAGAAUUUACACAUACUAUCCUUGAUACAAGAGGACUAUUUAAUGCUGAUUAUGAUUCAAAUAAAGAUACUGUAAUUACUGUAAAACACAUGGAGGAGCUAAUGAAAGAAUGUCCUAAAGUAGAUGCAUUGUUGCUUGUUUUAAGACCUGACAUAUUUACAAAGGAAGAUGCAACAAUUAUUGAACAGCUUAAAACAAUUUUUGGAUCAGGUGUUUUCAAAGAACACUGUUAUUUGGUUAUGACACACGGGGAUAACUACGAGGGAACCAUCUCAUUUAAAGAAUUCUGCGAGACCUCUACUGGUAAGUUCAAAGAACUUUACAAAGAGUGCGACAAGCGAAUAUUUUUAAUCACAAACUGGGGAGGCUAUGAAAAGAACUCACCCAGAGUUACCCAAGCAGAAACCCUGAUAGCGAGGGUUCAAGCAUGGCGGGCCAAUAAAAAUCCUUACACAGCUGAGAAAGAAUUUAAAUCUGCCGCCCUAGCACGCAAACAGUUGGCUUUUGAUGCAGAUAAAAAAAGUAUUGAAAAAAAGUUUAUGGAAACGAUUAAUAAUUUAACAAUAGAAAUGGAACAGUAUGAAAACAACAACACAAAACCUUCUACUGAUUUCAAGAAUGCGCAAUGA